GUCGCACUGUUUAGCCUGCAGCUAACGGAGAACUCAUUUGAAACUUGGCUAAUGUGCAAGAGUAGAGGAAGGAGAGUCCUGGACUGAACCUCCAGAGUGUCCCCUAAAGAAUAAAAUGUGUUGCUUCAUCUUUUGUUACCACCGCAGAUGAAUCCUGUCUGACGGAAACUUAUGGACAGACUGGGCUGCAUGCGCCGACCCUGCAGGGUCAGCGAAUCCCCCAAGAUCUUCCGCUCCACGGACCAGGCUGUUGAGGUGCUGCAGGGCUUCAACGACCAGCGGCAACAAAACCGCUUCUGUGACGUAGUGCUGGUCGCUGACGGCCAGCGCUUCUCUGCACACCGGGCCCUUCUGGCCAUCUCCAGCCCGUACUUCCAUGCCAUGUUCACCCUGGGUAUGAAGGAGGAGCACCAGCAGGAGGUGGAGUUGGUUGGGAUGUCCUACGAGGGUCUGAAGGCCGUGGUGGACUUCCUGUACAGCGGGGAACUUCUGUUGGAUGGAGGAAACAUCGACUGCGUGCUGGAGGCUGCUCACCUGCUCCAGCUGUGGCGCACGGUGGACUUCUGCUGCCAGUACCUGGAGCGGGAGGUGAGCGAGGAAAACUACCUCUACCUGCAGGAGCUGGCGCAGCUCUACAGUCUGGAGCGCCUCGACAGCUUCAUUGACCACUUCAUCCUCGCUCGAUUCGCCACUCUCUCUUUCACUCCUGACUUUCUUCAAAACGUUCCCCUGCACAAGCUCUCCUCCUACCUCUCCAGCAGCCAGGUCCAGCAUGACAGUGAGCAGGCUCUUCUGCAGGCGGCUCUGCAGUGGCUCGGACAGAGCCCGGAGCGAGCUCUCCACGCCAAAGAGCUCCUGUCCCAUAUUCGGUUCCCACUGAUCCCGAUGGAAGACCUGGUGAGCCUGGUGCUGCCGGCGGUGCGGGCCCUGCUGCCUGAGGGGGCCGGCUGUGAGGAACUGGUGGAGGAGGCGUUGGGGUACCACGCACGGCCAAGCGCUCAGCCACUGCUCCAAACAUCAAGAACCACACUGAGGGGAGGGGUGGAACAGCUCCUGCUGAUUGGAGGAGAGGUGUUUGAGCGCGGACAGGAGCUGAGUGCCAACGUCUGCUGGCUGGACAGCGAGACAGGAAGCUGGGAGCUGGAGACGGAGCUUCCAGCCCGGCGCAGCCACCACUGCCUGGCCGUCCUAGGAGGCUUCAUCUUCGCUGCAGGCGGAAGCUCCUCCAGGGACAACGGAGGAGAUGCUGCUUGUAACCUGCUGUACAGAUACGACCCACGACUCAACCUGUGGACCAUGGGAGCUCCGAUGAACCAGCCGCGGGUGGACUUUUACCUGGGAGCUGUGGGAGAGUCCCUGAUCGCCGUGGGAGGCAGAAAUGGCAGCGGAGCGCUUUCGUCUGUGGAGAUUUAUCAUCCUGCUAAGGACUGCUGGUCCUACGUAGCACAACUCCCCAGGUUCACUUACGGUCAUGCUGGCACUGUCCACCAAGGCGUGGUCUACAUCUCAGGUGGUCACGACUACCAGAUAGGACCAUACCGCAAGGACUUCCUGAGCUACGACCCAUCCCGGGACGGGGAGGUGUGGCGAGAGCGGCAGCCCAUGUCUCUGGCUCGGGGCUGGCACUGCAUGGCCUCCUUGGACCACCUCAUCUACGCCAUUGGUGGUAGCGACGAUCACGCCGACACCACCGAGCGCUUUGACGUCCUACAGGUGGAGUCCUACGACCCACUGUCCGGCCAGUGGUCCCGGGUGGCACCACUGCUGCUGCCCAACAGCGAGGCGGGGCUGGCGGUCUGGGCUGGGAAGAUUUACAUUCUGGGAGGCUACAGCUGGGAGAGCAUGGCUUUCUCUAGAGUCACCCAGGUGUACGACCCCGACACAGGGUCCUGGUCCAGAGGGCCCGACCUGCCCAAAAGAAUCGCUGGAGCGUCGGCGUGCGUGUGUAUCGUCAGGCCCUCGGCUCAGCCGGCUGCACCAGAGAAGAAGAAAACGGGCCGAGGGGUAAGAGGGAGAUCCCAGCCAACGUAGGGUUCUGGUUCUUCUAUUGGGUUAGAACCACCCAGCUUCAAACAUGGACAGAGGAGGAGCUUCAAGAACAACAUUUAACCAUAUGACUUUUCUUCUGGUAAAUCUGAAGAGUAAGACCUAAUGGAUAUCCUCACUGAUAGGGACUGACUGCAGAUGAGAAGAACCACAGCAAAAAGUCCCAGGAGCUCUGUAGAUUUGAUCUAGUUUAGAUUAAUCUGUGGAUCAAACUGCAGGUGCGUUUAGGUAUGGAGACAAUAUCUGCAGAGAAGAAACUCUGGGUUGUUAGGAGCCAAACACCUUCAGCAUCAGAGAAGAAAACUAUUCUACAAAUCUCAACAAAAAGAGGUCAAUGUGGGGCUAAACAGCUAAAGUUUGGACUUAUUUGGAUCUUCCAGCAGGACAGGGGUUCUAAAUAGACCCAAGCAGGUCUUAAGUGACGAAGAAAAACAUUUUCCUGAAUGCUUCUGAAGUUCCAACAUCGAUCAAAUGUUGACCUUUUAGGAUGAAACUCAGGGUC